CCCAUCUCCUCGCUAGUCUCUUGGGUGCAGCUGAUGAUAAAUAGUAUACAAGGAACUUCCUCGCAGCUGUCUCCCCCUGUGUGUGUAUUUAUAAACAAAGCUAUAUUCACUCCCCACUCCCGCCCCUGAACUCGGUUGGGGGUCAAGUACAUCGAGCAACGAUGAGUCUGCUGUCUACCAAGAGACACUCCUCUAUUAUCACCAGCAGGCUACGACAACCAAACGAUCGAACCCAGCCGGUCGAGACAGCAACAGCCAACCAACAACAACACCAACAACAACAAACAACGAAACGAAUCCAAUCAAGCUCUUCGCAUCUCCGGCGAAGGUCUGAAGCCCAAGUGAUCCUCUCCCAUCCUAUCAUCUCUCGAUCAAUCCAAGACCUUCACAAUCAGCCCACCGGCAACACCCAUCCUCAAACUAGGAACAGCCAACUGCAUCCCAAACCACCCUCGGCUCGAUCAUCAGCCAUCCUUAUCCCUAACAAAUCACACCGAGCAUCCACCGUCAACAUCAAGCACGGCCUACCCUCCCCUCCCACGACGAUCGGAAGCGAGAACGGCAGCAUCCCCGGCCCCAAACGGAAACCUACCACUCACUCGGAAACUAAUCUUGCGCCCAAUCGAUUCGGCUCGCUUAAUGGGUCCCAUUCCGAACGCAGAGUAGCUGCCACUCGAGCUGCUGCCAGUCUCUCCAAUCAGUCCACCAUCAAUUCAACUUUUCCUCGUCCUACCAGAACCACCCAGUACUCUCGAACACCCACCAUUUCCGUUCCGGCCCCUCCUUCUAGCUUCACAGCCCACAAAUCUGUCGAGCCUCCUAACCGCACUGCUCACACUCGGAUCAGCCAGCACUCAAGCAUCUCAUCAACUCGAAACAUGAAGCCUUCAAAGAGGGACUCACUACCAGCGCAUACCACUGACUUCAACCCAAUCCGACCCUCAACCGAUCCAUCCCACCCUCGACCACCACCCACUUCGGCUUCACUGGCUUCGAAACUCAACCAAUCCAACAACAUCCGCCAAUCUCCAACGACAUCCCGUGCUCAUCAAAGACUAGCUCCAAUCUCAAGACGAUCCUCUACCGCCGAUGGACGCAUGUCGUCUCAUAGCUCCUACUCUGAGUUCACCACUUCCAGCAACCAUCCUCAGUCCGUCCCUCAAGACACUCCAACAACUGAACUCUCAACCUCCCUUCUGUCUAACGCUACCGUAAAACCUCAUCGAACCCCAUCCGAAUCCUCAUCAACUGACCUACGACCAUCAAAAUUCAAACUCAAAGAUCGCUCCAAGGAUCCCUCUGUUCCAGCGCUUAAUGAGGAGAGCUGUGGUCUUCCAAGAUCCAAAAGGCUGAUAGGCAUGAAAGAAAGAAACGAGAGAAUCUUCGCUAGCAUCAAUGCCUCUCUAAACUCACCCCCUCGUACUCAUCCACCCGAACCCUCUCUGCCACCGCCCCCUCCCUCCACAUCAUCAGGAUCUUCCAACUCAUCCUCAUCUUCGCUACCACCCUCCUCACCCAAAAGAUCAUCCGGUAACCUCCGAGUUCCUGGUAGUCAUCAUAUCCGCUCCGGUCUUAUCCCAUUUGCCAAAGGCUGCAGCCCCAGUCCACGAAAGAUAACUGCUACUCAUGGCUCUCAAUCUCAAGCUUCUAACGGUCGAUCAGACGAUCUUCCUACAAAGUCAAUCGAUCCGGAACCCGAGGGGAUCGAUGACGACGAAAAGUACGGUAGUGUCCGUCACAAGCGACCCGAACGCUCCCGACUUGUAAAGCGCACCUCCCCAGCGGGAAAUUCUGAAGUCGACUCCAUGUCGCCGCCCCAUUCUGAACGAACCAAGACGUCUCAUCGCGCAGAUCAAGGGAGAAGACAGAUCGACGCACAAACAGAACAAUACCUCAGGGAAGCUACUGAUCCACCCACAUCAGGUGAUAUCGCCCAAUCACACCGAAACAGUCGCACAUGGUCUGAAUCGAUUUCGAUGCAUACUUCAUCCAGUGAUACCAUUGGCGCCCGAGAUAGUCGCACAGCCACGAGGAGCGCAUCAAAAAGCUCAGCGGUUGACUCUCAGACUAACUCGAGUAGACACCCAAGAACAAGUAGGUACUGGGAGGAUGAGCAAAAUGACUCUGAUGAUCAUGAUGAGGGGGAAGAUGAGACGAUGACGACACCAGUCAAAGUUCGACGAUCAGAGUCAUUUCAGAAAACUCUGCGUAAUGCUAGUUCAGUAACUGAGAUGCUGAAUUCCAGAGGCAGUCAUGUUGAAGCCGCUUCAGUCAGUCGAACAGCGAAAGGCCCAGUCGGUCGCCGACGGCGCUCAUCAUCAUCAAAGGGUGAAGGAACCUCGGAACUCAAUGGACUACCACUGGAAGACUCUCCGCCCAGGUUGUCGACAACCCUGAACCAAUCCCCCCAAUCUAAUCGCAGCAUUUCUCGCCGACAGAGGCCGGGAUUGCCCGAUCAUUUCGUACAACCCCACCAUUCGGAGCGUGCCGGCUCCGAAAGGAUCCACAGCUUGGCGGAAAUCCGUCGGCUCGAGCCUCAGUCAUCUCUCAGUCCUCGCUCUAAUCGGACUCGACCUUCGACUGGCCUUCUGCCCCAACAGACUUCCGACAGUCGUUCUCAUCGCCACAGCGAUACGUUCGCAAUUGUCCCUGAUAGGCUCAACGGUGUAGAAUCAGCCUUAUCCCGUUACGAUGGACAUCAUAUUCACAGUAGUGGAACUAGGCACCAGUCUAUCCGUAACAAACAUGCCAGUUGGUCAGGUUUGGAUGAUGUCGGCGGGGACCUUAUCAGAUCUCAAUCGGUUCUAGGUGGUGUCUAUGAUCCUCAUACCGCAGAACGACAGGGAACGACCAACCGACAUCGCACCGCGUUUCCCAGCCCUAUUUCCCGACGGACUAUCAUCUAUCACCACAACGGUGUUGAUGAUGACGACGAUGGCCAAACAUCUACUACAACAUAUACUAACACCCAGUCGAUGCCUCGCAAGGCUGAUUCGGCUGGGUCGAGGAGUCGCACAAGUGAAUGGGCUUUAGAAGAUCAUCAGGACAGUAACCCCCGAUCAGUCCGGGCAAGCUCUCGCAUGGGUGGUAACAGUCUAAUCCUCAGUCCGUCUCGAUCCAGGUUAAUUGGGGAGAGAGAUCGGACAUUAAGAGGUAAUGGUGGUGCUGCCGUUCCCCAGCCAAAACCUUUUGCCCAGCUGCUCAGGAAUACAUACCAAGACAAAAAUUCGCCCAGCCAUAACGCUGACAACCGCUCUUCAAGCUCUGGUGCAUCAUCCAAGCUCCUCCAAUCACAGAGGGCUCUGGUUCAUAGGCAGCUCUCUUCGGCCAAGUUAAACGACAGCCUCAAUCGUUCAACCCGUCCACCAACUCGUGCAACUUCCUCAACAGCUGGCGGCUUGACUGCUCUACUCAGCCCCACACCAACUGUCGAUCACCACAGGUUGUUGAUCAGUGCAUACGAAGCACUGGAUCAUACGCCUGACAAUUGCAGUCCAGAAACCAAUGAAUUGAAUUCCGCUUUGAACGGCUUGCUGUCCUCCGUUGUCAAGAAUAGCUGUAAAAUCGAUGCUUCAUUGGCAGAGCUGAACGAAUCGAGCGUGAACCAUCAAGUCGAAAUGGAGUUGGUUGAUGAUUACAUUGACGGUCAAGCGGACGAAAAUGAAACGUAUUCCAAGCGGGAGCCACCAUCCGGCCAAGUUACCAAGCAAAAGUAUCGGAUGAUGAAAGACAACCUAGCUCAUAUGUCCAAGGUCCAAGGCCAACUCGUUCGAUCAUCCAACGAUCAGAUAAGAGAUUUGACAGAAGUACUGAUAUGUUUGAGCAAACUGCAAAGGUCCCAAAAGGAACACUCAGGUGCCCGACAACAACCCUCUCGAGCUUCAGUCAUCGAUGACAGCCGUGACUCGUAUGCCUAUGGAGAAGCACAACACGGCGAAAUUUUUAGAUCGGGGAGUCGAGCCAGUAAGAAAUACAGUCAUUCGCACAGCCCCAGCAAACUAAGACACAUUGUAGACCUCAGUCCACUCAGUGUAAUCAGCUCAAACGACGAAUCGCCACUUUCGAGAGCCAAGCCAAACGGUACGAAUGAGCCGUCGCGCCACAGUGUGAACAACCAUUCAGGGCGAGCUGUCAAGUCACCCAAUGGCUUCGGUCCACAACACCAACGAGCGUCGACGAUUUCGUUUACUCACAAUCGUGAGCUUUCUUUUGAUGGUGUGAACUAUCAACAGGUCCGAGCAAAAAAUCGGAUGUCGGCGAUGUCGUCCGCCUCGAUUUGUCGUAUGGGAGAAUCUUUCUAUCAGGCGUCAAAUGGGUCCGCAUCGCAGUCUCGCAGGAAAGGGUCACAUCCGGACAUUGACGAGUUUGGAUUGUACCGCAAAGCGAGUGAACACACGCUUAGGUCACCAGCCGAGCCCAAAGAUCACCAUCCGCGCCCGGAGAGUGCUUGGAGUAGGGCUGAAACGACGGCCGGACAUACUAUUCGCGGCUCUCAAUCGAGCAUGAUUUUCCCUAAAACACCACCCCGUCUACCUACAUCGUCGAUCUCACAAACCACAGCUCAUUCGAACGUCUCACCCACGAACCCAGUCAGACAUUUUGUUGACAAUCAAACCCCGCAUAGUGAGAUGAACCCGAAGCAUCCAAUCCGGCCGCAAAGCUCGAUGAGCAAGAUCCUCCAUCGGGCCAACAGUGUCUUGUCUAGGGUGGAGCAUUACCCGGCGGUCUCGACUCUACCUUCGGGACGCAAACAGACACAGGAGGCAUGGGACAGAUGUUCCCGAGAGCCAUCCAUUGAUGACUCCCGUCCUCCGUCCCGACAUCCUCCCGAGCCUCCUCAUUCCCACUCACGCUCCCGUCAACCCAGUCAGCCCGCCGAGCGCACUCAUGAGCUUCAAUCGGAGAGCCCUCAGCGUCAGGCCGGCCAUCGUCGCACUGGCCCGCCUUCCCGAUCUAGCACCAUGGCUACCACCGCCCUCGAACGACUCAGUCGGAUCGGAAAUCGCAGUCGGAUCGAGCAGUAUCAUGAUGAGCAAGAAGACGUCGAUCAACUCCACGGUCUCCGUCGUUCUAGCACUUCGUCGUAUCUUGCUAGCAGUGGGCCUGAAUGCGAUGAUGAGCUUGAUCAACAUCAGCAUCGUCCUUUCAAUCCUUCUUCCUCUUCGGCUUCUUCUUCGUCGGCUGCUUUCAACUCCCAUCUUCAUCAUCAUCAUUCAAAUCAGAAAUAUCAGACCAACCAUAACUUAAACCAAAGCACCACUGAUCAUCACAAUAAUAAUAGCACAUCGAUGACGACGACUAACACGAAUACUACCAGUAAUAGUAACAGUUCGACUGGUCUUCCCAACCAUCUAGGCUCGGCCUCUAAUCAUCGACGACGUAAGGGCUCGAUUCAGAGCUUGUUUAAUGGCCUUAAACGGUCCUCUACUACUACUUUUGUUAAAAAAUAAUUCACCUUUCUCUCUCUCUCUUUCUUCGAUUUUUUUUUUUUUGAGUUGGUUUUUUUUUUGUAUUGUAGAGUAUUUCUUUGCUGGUGGGGGAAGGGGGUGGAUCAGAGGUUCUGGACUCUGUUUUCUUUUUUUGUCAAUUUGGUUUGAUUAGCUCUUU